AUGGAUCCAGCUCCUAGAGAAACCAUAUAUCCAGCAACUCCCGAGGGGUGCUCUAUAAUUGACUACAAGCAGCCCAGCUCAUCUCCAUACGAACGUCCAUUUGCCACACUCCAGAUAGGGCGUAAGGAGUACACUGUUCCGGAAUGCUACCUUAGUAACUACCGGAAAUUUACGACUAUAUCGGGCGACAGCUCAUACGAGUUUCGACGAAGUAUCCAAGUUUAUCAUGCCGCUUUGACAUAUGAAAUACUUGGGCUCGAAGUGCUGGCCAAGAAAUAUAUUGAAAUACUUGGCCGUUCCGUAUCUAUCUACGAUAUUCUGGACACAACUAGUACAAUAUUUUCGAAACUCCCCGGUGACGAUAUCUGGCUGCGCAGCUACCUCAAUACACAGCUUCAGAGGGCGUUUUCUUUGGAUGAGCGUGUAUUCCACCGUGAUCGGUUUCAUCAGACACUUGGGAAUGACCGACUGUUUAAUCAGGCGGUCAUAAAAAUGAUCUUCAGUAUCUAUGAUGAUACCAUAUCCUCCCUGCGAUCUCCCAGGAAUCUAGAGAGGCAAAAGGAAAAUAUAGCAAAUCGCCCAGCUGAGGAACGAUCUACCGCAAUGCAUCCCAUCGAAGAUAAACAACCUACUAAACAACAGCAGUUCACCAACGGGAUCUCAGUCGGAAGUGGUGAAGAAUAUAUUGAACAGUAUUCAACCCAGGGCCAAGAACAAUGUGAGGUCAAGGAGAGAGACAAAGACGACGACAAAAAGGAGGAUAAAAGCAACCACGGCUGGCAGGACAACGAGAACUGGGACACGAAAGACAAGGGAGACAACGAGAACUACGACAAGAAGGAGGAGAUGAAAGAAAGCUGGUGGAACAACGGGAACUAUGACGAGAAGAAGCAGGAGGAAAGCAAGGAUACCUGGCAGGAUGACUGCAACAAGGAUACGAAGGCCGAUGAGAAUGAAAGCUGGUGGUCCAACAAUAACUACAGCCAGAUGACCAACAAGAAGACCAGUAAGAAGGCCAGUAAGAAAUCCAGUAAGAAGGCCAAUAAGACCGACGAGAAGACCGACGAGAAGACCGACUGGCAUGACGACUACAACUACUUUAGGAACGACGAGAAAAAGAUAUAA